CCCGUAGCCAUCCGUCCGCUCCGAUUCCUUCCCCUCCCGCCCCCGCGAUUAAAACGCAUCCAUUCUGCGUUCCACGCACGCACGACACGAAUGACGAACCCAAUGCUAUUCUAGCCCGCCCCAAAGCCGGGUUGGCGCUGCCGCAGCCCGCACCAAGCUCGGCUCUCCAUCUCAUGCGCGCGCGCUGCUCCCUGCCGCCUGCUUCCGCGAGGAGAGCCUCCUCCUCCUCCACCAGCCCGCGGCGGGCGCCAUGGACCUGCUCGGCGUCUUCUUCCAUGGCGCGACGCUCGCGUUCGAGCGGGACGACCUCGGGAAGGAGAUCAUGGGGAUCGCGGUGCCGGGCGCGCUCGCGCUCAUGGCCGACCCGCUCGCGUCUCUCGUCGACACCGCCUUCAUCGGCCGCAUAGGUCCAGUAGAGAUUGCAGCUGUAGGUGUAUCUAUUGUCGUGUUCAAUCAAGUAACAAGAAUUGCAGUAUUCCCCCUUGUGAGCGUCACAACAUCAUUUGUUGCAGAGGAAGAUGCUACUUCCAGUGACAGAAACAAAGAUGAAAUAAGUGGCGAGAAUGAACACAAUGUUAGCGAAAUGGAUGAACUGAUUACUCAUGAAGAGAAUAAUGCCACAUCCGGCAAAUCGUCUUUCGAAAUUGACUCAAGUGAGAUCAAUACUGAGCAUAAGCGGAAAAAAAUUCCAUCAGUUUCUACAGCAUUACUACUUGGUGGGGUGCUUGGUCUUGUUGAAACUCUGCUGCUUGUUUCCUGUGCAAAGCCUAUCUUAGACUUCAUGGGUGUGAAAGCGGACACUGGAAUGUUGAAUCCUGCAUUACAGUACUUAGUACUCAGAUCUUUAGGUGCUCCUGCUGUUCUUUUAUCUCUGGCAAUGCAAGGGGUAUUUCGUGGACUUAAAGAUACAAGGACGCCUCUAUAUGCAACUGUGGCUGGAGAUGCAAUCAAUAUAGUUUUGGAUCCAAUAUUUAUGUUUGUGUUUCACUAUGGUGUCAGUGGUGCAGCAGUUGCUCAUGUUAUAUCACAAUAUUUCAUUGCUGCCAUACUCCUAUGUAGACUACGUCUGCAAGUUGAACUACUGCCACCCAACUUGAAACAUCUGCCGAUUGGUCGGUUCCUUAAAAACGGUUCUCUGUUACUUGCCAGAGUUAUUGCCGCAACAUGCUGUGUAACACUAUCUGCAUCAAUGGCUGCACGGCUAGGUUCAACUCAAAUGGCUGCAUUCCAGAUUUGCUUGCAGAUCUGGUUGGCAUCUUCCCUUCUUGCUGAUGGAUUGGCUUUUGCUGGACAGGCUAUACUUGCAAGUGCAUUUGCUCGUAAGGACCAUUCGAAGGCCAAGGCCACAGCUUCCCGCUUACUGCAGCUUGGGUUGAUCUUGGGGCUUCUCCUGGGCCUACUUCUAGGAGUUGGCCUCCAUACAGGUUCGAGAUUAUUUACAGAAGACCAGGGUGUACUGCAUCAUAUCUACGUGGCAAUACCGUUUGUCGCUCUCACUCAACCGAUCAACGCUUUAGCUUUUGUUUUCGACGGUGUCAAUUAUGGUGCAUCUGAUUUUGCAUAUGCUGCUUAUUCAUUGAUACUUGUGGCGAUUGUCAGCAUUGCUUUCAUUGUCACCCUCGCCAAUUACAGUGGUUUCAUUGGAAUCUGGAUAGCCUUGUCGAUCUACAUGUGCCUCCGCAUGUUUGCAGGGUUAUGGAGGAUUGGGACUGCACGAGGGCCAUGGGCUUUCCUUCGCAGCUGAGCAAGCAUGCAUGCAUGUAUAUUCUCGUAGAUAGUCUGACUGUAGGUAGAAUAUUUACACUUGUAAACAACUUUGGAGUAACUGUGUUACUUGUAUGCCUCAAGCCUGCCACCAUGAUCACCAGAGACCAGACUGAUAUAUCUUUAACAAUGCAACCUAGCACAAGAAUGACAUAUUGUACAAACGAAUAAACAAAAAGAGUUGCACUUUAACUUUUCGAACA